CCACCGCGCCCCCAGGACACCGCCGCCCCCUCGGCCGCGAGGACCCCCAGGACGCGGCCCCGGCCCGGCCAUGGCGCUGGACUUCCUGGCCGGCUGCGCGGGGGGUGUGGCCGGCGUGCUGGUAGGACACCCGUUUGACACAGUUAAGGUGCGGCUGCAGGUACAGAGCUCGGAGAAGCCCCAGUACCGCGGGACGCUGCACUGCUUCCAGUCCAUCAUCAAGCAGGAGAGCGUGCUGGGCCUGUACAAGGGCCUGGGCUCGCCGCUCAUGGGGCUGACCUUCAUCAACGCGCUGGUGUUCGGCGUGCAGGGCAACACGCUCCGCGCACUGGGCCGAGACUCGCCCCUGAACCAGUUCGUGGCGGGCGCGGCGGCGGGUGCCAUCCAGAGCCUGGUGUGCUGCCCGGUGGAGCUGGUCAAGACGCGGCUGCAGGUGCAGGAGGCCGGGCCCGGCCGCGCCUACCGGGGCUCCCUCGACUGCCUGGCGCAGAUCUACUGGCGGGAGGGGCUGCGGGGGCUGCAGCGGGGCGUGGGCAGCACGCUGCUGCGGGAGACGCCCAGCUUCGGGGUCUACUUCCUCUCCUACGACCUGCUGACCCGGGCCCUGUGCUGCGAGCCCGGAGGCCCGCUGCUGGUGCCCAAGCUGCUGCUGGCGGGCGGCACGGCGGGCAUCCUGUCCUGGCUGUCCACCUACCCCGUGGACGUGGUCAAGUCGCGGCUGCAGGCCGAUGGGCUACGGGGGCCCCCGCGCUACCGGGGGAUGCUGGACUGCGCCCGCCAGAGCUACCGCGCCGAGGGCUGGCGGGUGUUCACGCGGGGGCUGGCCUCCACGCUGCUGCGCGCCUUCCCCGUCAACGCCGCCACCUUCGCCACCGUCACGGUGGUGCUGGGCUGGGCCCGGCCCCAGGGCGAGGGGGUGGCCGCUCUGGCCCAGUCGUCCAGCCUCUGAGGGCGCCUCCUGGGGUGGGCGCUCCAGCCCCCCCAGGUCCCCUGGCCACUCCAUGGCGCCUUGGGCUGUGUCCCGUGUCCCUUUCUCCACGUGGCCCUCCAGGGGUGCCCCGUCCACCCUGGGCAGGCUGGCCGGCACCCACAGGGCCAGCUGACUGCGCAGGGGACCCUGGGCCGACCGGGAACCCCCAGCCCAGGCACUCGGGUCCCUUGCGGCCACCAGAGCCUGUGAACGGACAGACACGUCCUGCUGGGUGGUGGCCAGCCAGAGCGGGUGGAGUUGGCCUCCUGACCCUCCUAGCUGGACGCCCGCCGUCAUUGUGAGCAGAUCCACCCAGGGAAUAAACACUCCUGUUUUUUU